CAAAUCUCCAGGAGAAGAUGACUGUGUUCUUUAAAACACUCCGAAAUCAUUGGAAGAAAACUACAGCUGGGCUCUGCCUGCUGACAUGGGGAGGCCAUUGGCUCUAUGGGAAACACUGUGAUAACCUGCUAAGAAGAGCAGCCUGUCAAGAAGCUCAGGAAUUUGGCAAUCAAUUAAUUCCUCCCAAUGCACAAGUGAAGAAGGCAACUGUCUUUCUCAACCCCGCAGCUUGCAAAGGCAAAGCCAGGACUCUGUUUGAAAAAAAUGCUGCCCCGAUUUUACAUUUAUCUGGCAUGGACGUGACUGUCGUUAAGACAGAUUAUGAGGGACAAGCCAAGAAACUCCUGGAAUUGAUGGAGAGCACAGAUGUGAUCAUUGUUGCUGGAGGAGAUGGGACACUGCAAGAGGUUGUUACUGGAGUUCUACGAAGAACAGAUGAGGUGAGCUUUAAGAAAGAUAAGAUUCCCAUUGGAUUUAUCCCACUGGGACAGACCAGUAGUUUGAGUCAUACCCUCUUUGCCGAAAGUGGAAACAAAGUCCAACAUAUUACAGAUGCCACACUUGCCAUUGUAAAAGGAGAGACAGUUCCACUUGAUGUCUUGCAGAUCAAGGGUGAAAAGGAACAACCUGUGUUUGCCAUGACUGGCCUGCGAUGGGGGUCCUUCAGAGAUGCUGGCGUCAAAGUUAGCAAGUACUGGUAUCUUGGGCCUCUAAAAAUUAAAGCAGCCCACUUUUUCAGCACUCUUCAGGAGUGGCCUCAGACUCAUCAAGCCUCCAUCUCUUACACGGGACCUACAGAGAGACCUCCCAGUGAGCCAGAAGAGACCCCUCCCCGGCCUUCUCUGUACAGGAGAAUAUUACGCAGACUUGCCUCAUACUGGGCACAACCGCAGGAUGCCCUCUCCCAAGAAGUGAGCCCAGAGGUCUGGAAAGACAUACACCUGUCCACCAUUGAACUGUCCAUCACAACCCGGAAUGGCCAGCUUGACCUGACAGUAACAAAGAGACUUAUGAACAUCUGCAUUGAACCUGACACUGUCAGCAAAGGAGACUUCAUAACCAUAGGAAGUAAAAAGGUGAGAGACCCCAAACUGCAUGCUGAUGGCACCGAGUGUCUCCAAGCCAGCAGGUGCACUCUGCUGCUUCCUGAGGGCACAGGGGGCUCUUUCAGCAUCGACAGUGAAGAGUACGAAGCGAUGCCUGUGGAGGUGAGACUGCUCCCCAGGAAACUGCAGUUCUUCUGUGACCGGAAGAGAGAACAGAUGCUGCAGAGCACAGCCCAGUGAGUGGACAGUGGCGGGCCUCUCUGAGACCACACUUUGGGCCACCAGUGGGACCAAAGGGAACAGAUGCCUCAGCUGUUCCCACAGUGUUGUCAGAGGAUCCCAAGGGCAUUUUCGCAGCAAGCACCCCUGUCCUCCCAGCAGUGCUUCCCAAAGCGCACCCUGCCACCGCUUUGUAGUCGGUAUUCCAUUCCCGCAUGCUCUCAUCCUGGUGUGACAGUCAGUCCCUCCUAGAUAGUGUUUUUCCUCACCUGCUCAAGGACAUUCUCACCGUCAAUGGAUAGAAAAGGGCUAGAGCUUUGUGAUCUCCCAAAAGUACAGCCAUGUAUGGAGAAGAGGAUCUUUUUCUGGUACCAAGGAUUGAACCCAGGGAUGCUUAACUACUGAGUCAUAUCCCAGUCUGUUAUUUUUUUGAGACAAGGUCUCUCUGAGUUGUUUAACAGCCUUGCUAAGUUGCCGAGGCUGGCUUUGAACGUGUGGUCCUCCUGCCUCAGCCUCCAGAGAUGCUGAGAUUACAGGUGUGCCCCACCACGACUGACCAACUGGCAGGAGAGCAAGAUCCUUAAGACUGUCCAAGCUCCUCCAUUCCUGUUCUUUGACUGUCCUAGGAAUUCCAGGGGAAGCAGCGCCUUCCCCAGGUGCCUUUUCUAUGUCUGGCUCCUCCAUGGGUGCUGCUACUUUGUGAGCUCUGGUUCUUAUUUAGCUAGUUUCAGUUUUGUCCUCAAUUCAAAAGCAAAUGUGAGGUAGUUUCCCUCCUCAGCCAUAGCUAAAAUAUUGUAAAAUGCAAUUUUUUAAAAAAGAAGUGCUUCUUCAAUGUUGGCUGAUUUGCAUGAGAACCACCUAGGGUGCAUGCCGAAAACUGACUUGGGGCCCACCCCAAACAUAACACCUCAACCAGGGAUGGGCCAGGAACAUGCAUUAGGAAGGCUUCCCUCUCCUGCGAAAUCCGUAAGUUGAUCCCUUAACCUAACUUGGAGAAAGUGUUUUAAAGUAGUGUUCCACAAACUGUUCUGCUCAUGUUUUCCCCAAAAGUAUUUGAAAAAUCAUGUACCCCCUUAUACAUCUAUGUGACAUCUAAAAUUUUCGUGGGAAGUUAAAUAGUUGCCAAAGUAUGUACUUUCUAAUGUCAUGUAAAUAUUGAUGUUUUAAAAUAACUUACAUCACUCUUUUAAACAUAUCCAGUGCAAUUUAAAUAGCAUAGCAAUUUGACACCUCUCAUUCAUUUGUAAAAAUAAAUGAACUAGUUCUUUAGUA